CGAUGUUAACGUGAAAUCACUUCUUCUUUUUCUCACCACCACCUUCUCCCCUUCCCUCUUACUCAUCCUAGCUACAUGGCAUAGUUUGAUCAUUGUGGCUUUUGAAUUUGAUGGGGGAAGAGUGUGAACUAGACUCCAUGAGAAAAUUGCAUAGCUGCUUUCAGUAUUGUGAAAAUUGGUGCUGUUUAAGACAAGAUAGUUCCAAUGGUUACUCUUAAGUGAGAAAGAAGGGGAAAAAAAUAAUAAUAAUUAGCACUCUGCUUGUUCAUCAAAAAUAAGAUCCCAUAUUUAUUAAUAUUCUUUUUAUAACAAUAAAGUGGAGUUGAGUAUCCAGAGAUCCAAUCUUCUAUUUACUUAAGUUUUCUUUCUACUCAUCAUGAAGAGAACUGGAAGCUCAUCAGAUUCUUUAGGACCUCUCAUGACAAUUUGUCCAUCAUCAACAGAGGAGCAGAGUCCGAGGAGCAACCACGUGUACGGGCAUGAUCCAUUGUUCCAGUCGAUGGUGCUUGAUGGUCUAGACGAAGAAGGGUGCACGGUAGAGGAAUCUGGGCACCACUCUGAGAAGAAGCGAAGACUUAGCGUGGAACAAGUGAAAGCGUUGGAGAAGAACUUCGAGGUUGAGAACAAGCUUGAACCAGAGAGGAAGGUGAAGUUAGCACAAGAACUUGGGUUGCAGCCUAGACAGGUGGCGGUUUGGUUCCAGAACCGCCGCGCCAGGUGGAAGACUAAACAGCUUGAGAGAGAUUAUGGCGUUCUUAAAAAUAAUUAUGAUGCUCUUAAAGUUAAUCAUGAUGCACUAAAACAGGACAACGAUGCGUUGCACAAGCAGGUACACACUACACACUAUCAUAAAUUAUUGGUGAUGAAUGAAGAACACAACACUACUCCUGAUGAAACCUCAAUUCUUGGAUCAGGAUCCAACGUUAACGAUCAUCACUUGUACCAUGACAAUUGCUUCAACGACAACAGCGACCACGGUGUUGUUGCUCUUGGUGCAACAACAACACCGCCGUCGCCAUCACCGUCGUCGCCGCCACUCUUCCCUUCAGACUUCAACAAAGACGGUUCUUCCGAUAGCGAUUCAAGUGCGAUCCUAAACGAAGACACCAAAGACGCAAUUUCUUCGUCUGGGGUGCUUCAAAGUAACCACCACUUCCUGAUGUUUUCAGAGUCUCCUGCAUUGAAAUUCAACUGUUCCAUGUUGGCCUCUUCGUCUUCCAUGAAUUGCUUCCAGUUCCAGAAACCGCACCAGACUAUGCAAUACGUGAAGAUGGAAGAGCACAAUUUCAUCGGUGCCGCUGAUGAGGCAUGCAAUUUGAUCUUCUCCGAUGAACAAGCACCCACCCUUCAUUGGUACUCUUCAGAUCAGUGGGGUUAAAAAAAUAAAAUGAUGAAGGAAUGUAGCUCCGGAAGUUUUAUUUAUUUGGCCCCAAGAUGAGAGGGAGAAAAGAGUGAUAUCACUCUGAAAAUUUCAUUGGAGAGAACUCAAGGUCAUAACCACCCGCACAGCCUGCAGUGGCAUGGAGCAAGAAAAGAAAAUAAUUCUAUGAUUGAUAUAUUUGAUGCUAUGAAGAUUCAUCAUUUUAUUGUCAUAGGAUGAAGUGUAAUUCUAGUCACCAAGUGAUGAUUUUGCAAACAAAUACAAAUAGAUUAAUCAUGCCUCUUUCACAUUCA